GCUGCGUCACCGCUGCUGGAAGACAAGGGUCCAGACCGCGGCCUCCUGCUCUGCCCGCCUUCAGGAGAGAAACAAUAAAAAAUAAAAACUUGGGAAAAACUAUACCUGCCAGUAUUAGCAAGAGCUUGAGUUAAGAAGAAAUUUGUCAAACUCAACAAAUUGAAGCUUAACACCGCAAGAGUUGUAGUUACUGACCAGAAAUAUGGACAGACUUCUUAGACUUGGAGGAGGUAUGCCUGGACUGGGCCAGGGGCCACCUACAGAUGCUCCUGCAGUGGACACAGCAGAACAAGUCUAUAUCUCUUCCCUGGCACUGUUAAAAAUGUUAAAACAUGGUCGUGCUGGGGUUCCAAUGGAAGUUAUGGGUCUGAUGCUUGGAGAAUUUGUUGAUGAUUACACUGUUAGAGUGAUUGACGUGUUUGCUAUGCCACAGUCAGGAACAGGUGUCAGUGUGGAGGCAGUCGAUCCAGUGUUCCAAGCCAAGAUGUUGGAUAUGUUGAAGCAGACAGGAAGGCCUGAGAUGGUUGUUGGUUGGUAUCACAGUCACCCUGGCUUUGGUUGUUGGCUUUCUGGUGUGGAUAUCAACACUCAGCAGAGCUUUGAAGCCUUGUCGGAGAGAGCUGUGGCAGUGGUUGUGGAUCCCAUUCAGAGUGUAAAAGGAAAGGUUGUUAUUGAUGCCUUCAGAUUGAUCAAUGCUAAUAUGAUGGUCUUAGGACAUGAACCAAGACAAACAACCUCAAAUCUGGGUCACCUAAACAAGCCAUCUAUCCAGGCAUUAAUUCAUGGACUAAACAGACAUUAUUACUCCAUUACUAUUAACUAUCGGAAAAAUGAACUGGAACAGAAGAUGUUGUUAAAUUUGCAUAAGAAGAGUUGGAUGGAAGGUUUGACACUUCAGGACUACAGUGAACACUGUAAACACAAUGAAUCAGUGGUAAAAGAGAUGUUGGAAUUAGCCAAAAAUUACAAUAAGGCUGUAGAAGAAGAAGAUAAGAUGACACCUGAACAGCUGGCAAUAAAGAAUGUUGGCAAGCAGGACCCCAAACGUCAUUUGGAGGAACAUGUGGAUGUACUUAUGACUUCAAAUAUUGUCCAGUGUUUAGCAGCUAUGUUGGAUACUGUUGUAUUUAAAUAAAGCAAUGCAAAAAGCUCUUAGUGAUACUUUCAGUGUAUAGUCCUCUUGUUCCUAAUGCUCAAAAUCAAGGGACCUCUGAAGGUGUAUUUGGUUAAAUGUAAGACAUCUGGCAUCAUUUGCAGCACUGUAACACCUUCAGUCUCCAUUGUGCAAUUACUUCUGUUUCUUUAGUCAGGGUCUUUGCAGAUUCCAAAGUUGUACAAGAAUACAUCAAAGUGGACAAAUUUUGUUAAGAUCCCAUUUAAUAUUUGAAGAAAUCAGUAACACAAAUAUAUUUUGAUUGUUGCUUACAAAAUAAAAUACAUUUACAGUCUA